AUGCAGUCUCCCUCCAAAGGCACUAAAAAGCCCAACUUGACCCGGGAAAUAUUAGAAGAUGAGGGCAUUUACUUCUAUGAGCAUGUCCACAAGAGGAACUCUUUGCCUAAGUGGCUCCGUCCCAUACAUUGGGAGAUGAGAUUUUUGCGCACAAAAGUCCCAAGGAAAAAAAGAAAGAAGUUUGUCGCCGAGCUCGAGACGUUCCAACGUUCAGGUCAAGAUGGGGCUAUCGCAUCGCAAUCACUCUGGAGAUUGAAGCCCAACAGGAAUCAAUAUCUUCGCGAGGAGAGCUUUGACGAAGAAGACAGCCUAGCAGCAGAGACGACAAAAGUACUGGAAAAUUGUCGGAAAGUCAAGGAACGGGCGAUAUAUCUUCGUGGGAGGAACGAGAAGGAAUCCGCAUGGGCGGAGUUCCUAGGAUUGAGCUUCUUCAAAACAUACAUGGAGGUACAUGGCACUCCAGACGAGCACAGGCAUGCCGAUGUUCAUUGGAACGAACGCUUCCCGAGGAAUGAUUGCGUAAUACGAGUGCGCACUGGACCGAAGCCGGACGUGACCUACUCAUUCCCUAUUUUCGAUCCCUCACACAAGAUGUCAAAAUUCCACCGUUUUGACCCUAAAGUCGAAAACUUCACGCUUCCUGUCCUUAGCGAACUCCGGAAGGCAUCCGGAUGUAGCCUAAUCUCGUCACCGACAUCUGCGUUGGCCAAGUGGGAUCCUAAAAAACCACAACCGAUUGGCGCUGCAGACCUAACAUGCUUUCCUUGGGCUGUUGUCGAAGUCAAAACCAGUAAAUGGAAGCGUGACAAGUCAAAAUUUUGUUAUUGCCAAGCUGCAAACGCGUCUGCUGAAGCACUCAUGAUGAGGGAAAGACUGGCUGAGAGAGUGAACGAGCCAAGUAAGGAUGCUCUGGUCAUCUUCUCUUUCACAUGUGUUGGUCCAAGCGUUCGGUUUUGGCUUACCUUCAGACACCCAACCAGCCACAACAUUGAGAUGCGCUGCAUUUGGGCAACUUCAUUGGAGCUUACUUGGGGUGUCUUUGCACUACGUGCUGUGAUCGAGAACAUGCGCAAAUGGGUGCACGACCGGGUGAAACCUGAGAUAUGCAGAUGGAUCACUCAAGUCCGCUUGCAUCCAAAGCCCUCGACGUCUCUCACUCCAGACGGCCAUCAGGUCGAGCAACGAAGAAGAGCGAAAUCUCUCGAGCCACCCAAUGAGAGAAUACCUGACAUACCCUCUACGUCACGAAAGCCUCCUCGCUCAAAGAUCAUUCCGCAUUUAGCGAGAGAGAACACGGUACCAAGACGGACCUGCUCUCCCAGUUCGCUGUCUCAACAAUUGGAUCGAUUGAGCAUUCGUAUCGAAGAGUUAGAACGAGAUGUUUCUGAGGAAAGUGAAAGCGAUUGGCAGCGCUAUGCAAGUGGCUCCGACGAUGAAAGUUACGUGGCAAGCGAUGAUGCAAGCGGCGACGACGAUGGCUUCAACACGGUGGAAGAAGAGACUUACGACACAAGCGAAGAUGAGAACGAACUCGACGAAGGAUACUCUAGUGAUGGGUCAUAG